UUAAAACUAGUAACAAGUAAACACACCACUUCUCUAACAUAUUUCCAAAAAAGUAUAAGCAUUAUAUCCAUGGCUUUACUAAGCAACCUUUGUUUUAUACUUCUCUUUGUUCUAGCACUUUGGGGCUCAUUAGCCUCGUCUCGCCUCCUCGACGACGAGCCAUCGAUGAUCAUAGAACACGAAAAAUGGAUGAAUAUUCAUGGACGAGUAUACACAAACGAUGUAGAGAAAACAAGAAGGUUUAAGAUAUUCAAUGAAAAUGUUAAACGUAUUGAACUUUUAAAUAAAAUGAAUAGAGGUUUUACCCUAGGUGUUAAUGCAUUUGCUGACUUAACCAACGAGGAGUUUCGAGCUUCUCGUACUGGUUAUAAGAAGCAAUCUAAACAGUUUGGUGUUGUGUUAAAAUCAAAAUCAAAAACUUUUAGAUAUGAAAAUGUAACUUAUGCUUCAUCAUCAACAAUGGAUUGGAGGAAAAAAGGAGCUGUUACUCCCAUCAAAGACCAAGGUGAUUGUGGUUGCUGCUGGGCAUUCUCCGCAGUAGCAUCCAUAGAGAGCCUAAACCAAAUCAAAACAGGCAACUUAGUCUCUCUCUCCGAACAAGAGCUCGUCGACUGCGACACAGAGUUCGACGAGGGUUGCGAAGGUGGCCUAAUGGACACAGCCUUCGACUUCAUCAAGCACAACGGUGGGCUAACCACCGAGGCCAAAUACCCUUACAAGGCAUCCGAUGGUAGCUGCAAUGCUAAACGAGCAACCACAGGCGCAGUCUCGAUCCACGGAUACGAGGAUGUCCCUGAGAACAAUGAGGAAGCCUUGUUUAUGGCUGUGUCACACCAGCCAGUGUCUGUUGGGAUCGAAGGCGGCGGGUUCGACUUCCAGUUCUACUCUGGUGGGGUGUUUAAGGGAGAGUGUGGGACUGAGCUUGAUCAUGCUGUGACUGUUAUAGGGUUUGGAGUUGAAGAGAAAGAUGGGAGUAAGUAUUGGUUGGUGAAGAAUUCAUGGGGGACUAAGUGGGGUGAGAAAGGUUAUAUAAGGAUUAAGAGAGGUGGUGGUGCUAAAGAAGGCCUUUGUGGUAUUGCUAUGAAAGCUUCUUAUCCAAUAUAAUUUGCCUACUGAUUUCAGGAGUCCUGAGAUCGAUUCUUACCUUGGCAAGUCGGGAUCUCCUUUAUUCCCCAAUUUAUCGAAGUUUCUCCUUACUUUAUAAAAAAAUAAUAUAUAAUUUGCCUCCUGGUGGCUGGCUUUAUAUUAUACUUCAUUUUCGAGGAAGAUUAUAUUGUUACUGUUGUAUGUGUGCAUGAUUGAUGAACUUGUAUUAUAUGGGUCUAGAUUAUGAAAUUGUGUAAUAUGUGGGGUUAGAACUUAUCUUGAUAACAGGUGAAGUAUCUUGUAUGUAUAUGUAGUAUGGAUUGAUCAAGUGUACAAAAGUUAGCUAGGUUCCAUCUACUUGUAAAUUUGGGGAUGCUUAUAUAUGUAAG